AUGCACGACAAUGGAACUCAGACAAUCAAGGCUGAAGUGGUUGAACCCAUUGUUGAGGUUCAGGACACAUGUCGAGAAGAGGCCAACACCAGCUCCAGUUACUCCCCCUCUCCCAGGACAGUAUACACCUGCAACGAUGGAAAGGUUCACCUCGGUGGGGGCAUUUGGGUUGAGGAGGAGAAGUGGCACCAGCUACAACGCACCCAGGGAGACUCAAAGUUCACCAAGAACCUGGCUGUGAUGAUCUGGGGCACUGAAACCCUUAAGAACCGCAGUGUGACUGGUGUGGCUACCAAAAAGAAGAAAGAUGCCCUACCCAAACCUCCACUGUCUCCCAGCAAACUUAAAAUAGUUAGAGAGUGUCUCUACGACCGAGUGUCCCAAGAGACAGCUGACAGUGCAGAGAUCACGCAGAGAUUGUCCAAAGUGAACAAAUACAUUUGUGAAAAGAUUAUGGAUAUCAAUAAAUCCAUCAAGAACGAGGAGCGACGGGAGUCAAAGCUACUUAUCCGACAGACAGUCAAGAUGGAAAACUACAACUAUGAUGGCGUGUAG